GUCACGACUUCAGUGCAAACGCGUCCUUUUAAGGAGAGCUCUAAACUUGGAUCAUAUCACCAUGGGAGCUAUUUGUAUUGCAAGGGACUUUUGUUUGUUUUUGCUCUUGUUAAAUACUCGCCAAAGCGCUGCUCUUCUAGAGAACCCAGGUACGUUUUCUGAGUUUCAAAGAGGCUGUUUUUACGCACGCUUUAUAAGAGUGUUUGCGCUCAUGUUGUUGUUGUUUUCAAAGGAUGUAUAAUUUCCAACUACUUCGCAGACUUAAUUUUGUUUUACAUUAUUAUAGUUUGCCCACUCAGUAUGGGCUUCAAUUGUAGAUAUUGGAACUUGAUGAAUCUCUUUUGUUAGUUUGCUUUUUUAAUGAAGUCCUAAGAAGUUUUAAUCUACCUACUAACUUGUUUUCUGAUAAAAGGAAUAACAAAUGUACCAAUGAUAAGGAAUGGGUCCUGACUUUUAUUUUUUCUUCAUUUGAACACUUGGGAAUAAUGGAUCAGGGUCAAUGGGAUCAAUGUUUUGUUAACUUUAGUACUCAGAACCUGGUGAAUUAGACUUUUACCUAUUUAACUGAAAUUAUUCAGUGUUGAAUUGAAUAUCGGGGAUUUAAUGAGGAGCACAUUCAUCCCAGAAUCCUAAUGUACUUGACUAAAAUACAGAUUUUUGAGUUUCAUAACGAAAUGUUGUUCUGUUAACAUUUUAUGCCAUAAUGUGUAUUUCAAAUCCAGAUCCAUGCGCAGAAGGAAGUGAUGAUGGCUGUCACAUUGAUGCUAUUUGUCAGAAUACCCAAGCCUCUUACAAGUGCACGUGUAAAGCAGGCUUUAAAGGCGACGGUAAACAUUGUGAAGGUAAUUAUCUCCUCUGUAAUUCAUUGUUCCUUUCAUCACUCAUGUUUGUAUUCGGAUCAUAUGAGACACAUUUGAAUUCUUUGGACUAAGAGCUCCAUGGAUUACCAAUACAAGUUUCAAUGACAUUUGGAUUAUAUAUCAUAAACCUUGGCAUAAUGCAUGGAUUUGUAUUUAAAUUAUGUGGCCCAUCAUUUGAAAGGACCCUUUUCCACUAAAUGCUCAAAUGGCAAACAUUCAUCAAUCUUGACUUGACUCCCUUUUCUUAGACAUUGAUGAAUGCGAUAUCGAGUACAAUGGUGGCUGUGUACACGAAUGUAACAACAUACCAGGCAAUUAUCGUUGCACUUGCCAUGAUGGAUUCAAUUUAGCGCACGAAGGACAUAAUUGUCUAGGUAAGAAACAUUUCAAGCUAUAAGGUAAACAACAUUUGAUGUAUUGAGUGUCUGACAAUCAUUUAGCAGAUGUAACUUUAGGCCUAUACAGUGAAUUAGGAUGGCAUUAAAAGUGUAUGAUAUCAAUAGGGAAUUGGUUUAUAUUGUGCUAAGGCCAUUGAACAAUGUGUGACAGCCAGGUAAAUAGAGAUUUGAUGUAAUAUUUCUUGAUAGUUUUUCAUGAAGACUUAGCCUAGAAAUUCAUUAACAUUCAUCCAGUUAUUUCAUUGUUCUGAGAAGUCAUGUCCUGGCUCUCCCUGCAGAUGUGGAUGAGUGUGUGUUCAACAAUGGAGGGUGCCAGUAUACAUGUGUCAACACCAUGGGAAGUUAUGAGUGCCGCUGCAAAGAGGGCUUCUUCCUCAGUGACAACCAGCACACAUGUAUCCACCGCUCUGUGGGUGAGUACCCCUGGAAUACCUGCCCUGUGAUGGCUUCCAACUCUCCUUCCCACCUUCAAAUGUGUGUAUGUGUGUGUAUGUGUGUGUGUCUGUGUGUCUGUCUGUGUGUGAAUGCGUGAGUGUGUGUGUGCACGCAUGUCUGUUGUGUCUCGGUCCAUCCAUGUUUCUGUAUGUUUGUGUCUCAGUCUAUGUGUGUUUGUGUGUGUGCGUCCCUAUGUGUGUGUGUAUGUGUGUGUGUGUUAUGGUAGGCUACUAAGCCGUGUCAGGGGCACAGCAGAGAAUUAUGGAGCUAAUUCUCGAAUGUUCACAUACAAGAGUGUGAUUGACAGCACAAUGAGGGAUGACAGCUGUUAAGUCGGGUCCCCUCUCUGUGGCAUUAUCUAGAGCAGUCGGGGUUCCAAAGGGCCCAUGCUGUGGGAAAAAGAGCCCUGUGUCCCAGAGAACAAAACAAGUUAAUAACUGCAACACUUGGGCUUUUGUGGCCUGUGUCUUACAUUAGAAUAAAGCUCCCUUUUAUGUGUCGGUAGCUUCUUAGCCACAGGUGUUUUUUUAUUCUCACUAAAUGGAAUGAAGAGAUGCAAAAGCUUUUCACUACAUUGGGUUUCCCUUGGAAAAGUUGCUAAAUCCUACCAGCACAUCCACUCAGCCGUUGCAGCAUAAGUUUAAAGAAGCUGCUCUCUCUACGGUGACCUGGGAGAAGGCCAAUGAUGGUAUUAGGUUAGAAGAUAAUAAUAUGAUUCUGACUCCCAUACGCACUGAGUGUACAAAACAUUAUGGACACCUGCUCUUUCCAUGACAUAUACUGACCAGGUGAAUCCAGGUGAAAGCUAUGAUCCCUUAUUGAUGUCACUUGUUAAAUCCAGUUCAAUCAGUGUAGAUGAAGGGGAGGAGACAGGUUAAAUGAAGGAUUUUUAAGCCUUGAGACAUUUUAGACAUUGUGUAUGUGUGCCAUUCAGAGGGUGAAUGGGCAAGACAAAAUAUUUAAGCCGACUUGACACAACUGUGGGAAGCAUUGGGGUCAACAUGGGCCAGCAUCCCUGUGGAACGCUUUCAAUACCUUGUAGAGCCCAUGCACCAACGAAUUGAAGCUGUUCUGAGGGCAAAAGGGGGGUCCACUGCACAUUUGAUGGGUCCACUGCACUUGCAUGUCAGCUGAAUGCAUCAGCCCUCUCUAGGAAGUGGUAUUGUUGGUCCAUGGGUUGUGGCAGAUUUCUAGUCAGGGGGCUUCAAUAAUCUAUCUUGAGACAUCAUUGAUGUUGCGCAGUGUGAGUUGUUUUGCCUCUGUAUUUCAUUACGAAGUACUAUAUGUAACAACAUGUGAAUACAAUGUUGUUAGUAGUGUAAUUACAGUGUUAUUACACAGGUAUAGGAGCAACCUAAUGUAAAGUGUUACCUCUCUUUCCCAGAGGGCCUUAGCUGUAUGAAUAAGGAGCAUGGCUGUGCUCACAUCUGCAAGGAGACACCCAAGGGAGGAGUGGCCUGCGAGUGCCGCCCAGGAUUCGAGCUGGCCAGGAACCAAAGAGGCUGCAUCUGUAUGUGUGAAGUUUUGUGAUUGAACGUAUAGCCAGGUCAACCAAGAGUCUUGUUUAGAUAACACAUCAGUUGAACUUUGGAAAUUGACCCAAGUUUUGUGUCAUUGGCAUAGUGACCUGUAACCAUGGUAACGGGGGCUGCCAGCACACCUGCGAGGACAUGGAGCAGGGGCCCAUCUGCAGGUGUCAUGUGAGGUACACCCUGCACCCUGAUGGCAGGUCCUGUGUAGGUAAGAGAUGACCAACCACAAACCACAUCCAGGCCUACUUACAUACCUGGUACUUACCUGUAAGCAUCUCUACGUAUGGCAAACCAGUUUACUUAGUCAACAUCGGUGAAAUGGACUGAAUCCUUCUAGAUAUUUCCAUCUGUACACUUCUUCAUUCUCCUCCUUUUUGUUACUCUCCCCCACUGAAACGCACCUGUUUAAAUGAUCACAUCUUGAGCCUGUGGAUGAAAUGGCAAUCCUUUUGAGGAGCUUGCCAGCUCUCCUGAUAGCCAGUGUGUAUUUCUUCCAUUUGCACACCGUGGAUAUGAUAAGCAUCAGCCAUCAGAUAGGAAGGAGACGUACAGUAGUAUCUGUUCCUCCCGCGGCGCUGCUGUGUGUGUGGGGUCCUGGAUUAUCACUGAGUUGUCUCCAUCUCCAUCUCACAGUUCCAUCUCCUGUCUUAUCUGCCACACGCAUAGACAGCCACACUGCAUGCCUUAGGUGUAAACAUGCUACUUGUUACAGAGAGGAACACAGAAGAACAUCCAGGGGAGGUAGACUACACUUACAGCGCGCCAAGGCAUGCACUGUGCAGUUCAGCUACUGUGCAUCAGCAGACAGAACAGAACAGGAGGCAACUUAGUGCAAACCAUUUUCUUAAAUGUUGACUUAUGUUUAUUUUAGUUAGGCUAAAACACUGUGUAUGUAUCUAUGUGUAUUCUGUUGGUUAGGUUACUGACUGUUACUCACGUCACCCACUGUCUGUGUUACAGAGCGGGAUGAGACAACUACUGAGAGCUCUGAUCACAACGCCAUGUCCUUCACUGAGGUUGACAAACGUGUCAAGCGCAGACUGCUCAUGGGUAAAAAUUGUAUAAUUGCACAAUUUCCACUGUUAUUACCCAUUGUUACCUAUACAGCCUAAAAUAACAAAACCAAACAGACUCAGCUACUGACUGAGAGGAUUCUGUCAGUUGGACUAUUUGAAUGACUAGUUACCAUGGGUUACGCCGCCAGGAAUCAGCCAGAGGUGUUUUUCAAAGGGGAGAAGAGCAAGGCCCAGUAAACUAAGGCAUUCCACAGGCUUUAGAGCAAACUGUGAAAUGACUAUGGACCCUUACUUUCUCACCACCCAAUUCCUCCCCUGAAAAAUAUGCUUUUGUGACAGUGUGGUACAUUUCACAUGUUUUCCUUCCGUUUAGGAUGGGGAUGGCGUUGGGUUGCCCAAUGUAUAGCACUGUCAGUCAUGGUGUGCUGAGUCAAUGUUCACACCUAGUAAAACACUGUAUUGACUGUAUGUAUGUGACUGGGUUGCUAGCUCAGUGUCUAUGACUACUGCUGUUGUCUACUCAAUGUCUGUUGGUAGGGUUAAAAACCAGACUUUGGCAAUAGCACAAUAACGACAGUACAUUAUGUAUAGGCAUUUUUAUAACACUUUAUUCAGUACAGUACACAACAGGAGCAUGUUGACAUUGAAUCUAUUCACGUUGGCCUUUCAGAGAACUGUGCCGUGAAUAACGGGGGGUGUGACUCCACCUGUAAGGACACAUCCACAGGCGUACGCUGCAGCUGCCCUGUGGGCUUCACUCUGCAGCCUGACGGGAAGACGUGCAAAGGUCAGACCAGCCGUCCACCAAGAAUCUCAACUCCAUCUCUAUGGCCUGCCUCCAAAAUGGCACCCUAUUCCCUAUUUAGUGCACUACUUUUGACCUGGGCCCAUAGGGCUCUGGUCAAAAGUAAUGCACUUUAUAGGGAAUAGGUGCCAUUUUGGAGGCAGGCCAUCUUUAUCUCCAUCUCUUAUUAUUCAGGUCAAUGUACUUUUAUUUAACAAGCUUCACAUCUCCCCUCCAUAGGUAUUUGGACAGUGAAGCUAACAUUUUUCAUUUGGCUCUACACUCCAGUAUUUUGGAUUUGAUCAAAUGUUUCAUAUGAGGCUACAGUACAGAAUGUCACCUUUUAUUUUAGAGUAUUUUCAUACAUAUCUGUUUUACCGUUUAAAAAUGAAAACACUUUAUGUAUCAAGUUCCCCCCCUUGUGAAGAAUUCAUAAGUAUUUGGACAAAUUCACUUAUAGUGUAUAAAAGUAGUCAAAAGUUUAGUAUUUGGUCCCAUAUUCCUUGCACGCAAUGACUAUAUCAAGCUUGUGACUUUACAAACUCAUUGGAUGCAUUUGCAGUUUUUUUUGGUUGUGUUUUGGGUUAUGUUUUGCCCAACAGGAACUGAAUGGUUAAAUGAUGACUGGAGUAAUUUUCUUUCUAAGUGAGUAGAUAAGAUGUUUCUGAAUAAUUCUAAAUUAAUCCUGAUAAUGCCAUGAUUAAGAAAGAUCAUGAAAGAAUCAUAAAUAAUGAUGAGUGAGAUCAUUGUUUCUGCCUCUGUAACCUUCUCACUCAUCAUUAUUCAAGAAUCAUCCAGAAUCAUCGUAGCGUCCACAUGAAUGUAGAAGUGUUCAGAAACGUAUUCUAUUCUUACUUACAAUAAAAGUGACUCCAAAAUGGCACAAGACAUUAUUCACCAUUCAGUUCCUAUUGGGCAAAACAUAACCCAAAACACAACCUAAACAAACCGCAAUGCUUGAUGUAGUUUUUGCUUGCAAGGAUAAUGGGACCAAGUGCUAACCUUUUGACAACUUUAAUACACUAAAAGUGAUAUACUUAUGACUUCUUUAAAUGGGGGGACUAGAUACAUAAAGUGCUUUCAUUCUAAACAGCAAAACAGAAAUGUAUCGAAAUACCCUCAAAUAAAAGCUGACAUUAUGUACAGUUUCAUAAGUAUAGAGACACAUUAAAAAAAAUUGCUUCACUGUCCAAAUACAUAUGGAGGGGAGUGUAUGUCUGUCUGAAUAAUAACUGUUUUAUCAUUUGCCUUUCACAGACAUUAAUGAGUGUGAGCUACACAACGGUGGUUGCGACCACUUCUGCAGGAACACCAUCGGCAGCUUUGAGUGCAACUGCUGGAAGGGCUUCAAGCUGCUUACUGACGAGCACUCCUGCCAGGGUAGGCCUCUUCUCUUCACUCUCCUGCCUGUCUGCCCUACAUCUGGGGAAGGGGCUGAGACAGCACACUAUACUGGGCUGUUGUUCUGUGUAGGUGUGCUGGUGGAAGAUAAGACAGAGGGUGGGAGGCUGAACGGUUUGCCAGUAUCGACUUGCAGGAUUCCUCUGAAGAUCCUUAACAUGUGCUAGUAUAAAGCUUAACGUUUACUACAAACUGAUUUCUUCCCUCUGAUACAACGCGUCAUUAAGACGUUGCUGUCUCUAUCAUUAACUAUCAAAAGACAAUGCCACAUUUCAUCACGUAGUGAGACCAUGCUGUACCAUGUAAAACCCCAAUAUCUACUACCUUAAAUUGAAAAAGAAUAUCCCUCUGCUUUUGAUUACAGAUAUAGACGAGUGUUAUUUCGAAAGGACAUGUGGUCACACGUGUGUGAACUCCCCUGGUGGUUUUGAGUGUGUUUGCAACAAAGGGUACACCCUGUAUGGACUGGCCCACUGUGGAGGUAAGACUAUACGAUGAAUGCUUAUGGGGCAUUAUACUUAUGGUAUGGGGAAAGGGCUUUGACACCAUUCUGAAUAGUUCAUGUUGGUGUUUUCUAUAAGACUAAUGUGUAUAGGGUAUUAUGCUUAUGGUGAAAAAGCUUUGGUACCAUCUAUACCAUUUCACACCAUUCUGAAUAGUUCAUGUUGGUGUUUUUAGUAGUUUUUUGCUGAAAAAAGGAUGGAUGCUUUAUGAAUGAAGUGAGGUGAGAGAUGCUGCUAAUAACAUAUGGAUGUUUUCCCUGCUUUCUUCUCAGACAUAAAUGAGUGCAGUGUGAACAAUGGAGGUUGUGAGCAGGGUUGUGAGAACACCAUGGGUGGGUUUGAGUGCCACUGCCACCCUGGCGAUAAGCUACACUGGAACAAAAAGGAUUGUAUCGGUAAGACAGUGCCCCUUCAGGCCUGGGGGGGCUCUAGAAGGUUUAGGGUGUGUGCCGUGCACGGUUUGGUGUGUGUGCUCCCUGAGUUGUCCUUUGGGGAGUGUUUGACAUCAAAUCAGUGGUUGUAUCACAUGUAUGUUUUGAAACUUUUGGGGACUAAAAACAGGAGAUACUUUGAGUUAUUUUCUUCUCUUUCUCUUUACUGCUCUGUGUCUUUCUCUCUGGUCUUUUGUUUAAAACCUAGGACAAAAACAGAAAAAAGGCAAUUGCUGUUGUUCCCAUUGUCUUCUUGUCUCCUUGGAUAGGUUUCACUCUGUUCCCACAACUUCUCACAACUUCUAUGUCUGUCUGUCUGUCUGUCUGUCUACCACGGUCCAAGUCUGCUCUUUACCUUUGAGUUUGUUAUGCUUUCCAUCUAGAGGCAGAGGGUUUCCCAGCAACAAAGCCCCCCUCUAAACCGACCUUGAACUGUAGCAGGCAGGAGGGAGGUGACCGCUGCUACCUGACCUGCCAGUCCCAGGUCCAUAUCACCAGUGGUGAGUUAUCAGUUACUACUACUACUAUCAGACUGCAUCCCAAAUGGAACCCUAUUCCCUUCAUAGUACACAACUUUUGACCAGGGCCCACAGGGCUCUGGUCAAGGGUAGUGCCCUAUACAGGGAAUAGGGAACCAUUUGGGACACAUAUUUAGUUACUACUACUAUCAGUCUGCAGAGCAGCGCAGCCUCAUGUUCCGGCACGCCGUCUGUUUGCUUUUGGCAGCCAGGCCUUUUGUGGCUCUGCCUUUUGUCUGUGGUGGCCUGUCUCAUGCCCCUGUGUGUGUUUACAGGGACGGAGGAUUCUUAUACAGUGACCUGUGGAAUGCCUCUGCCCUGCUUGGCUGGAGCACAAAGGAAUGGAAGUGGCUUGUAUUGCUUGGGCAAGUACACACCAUCACAGAUCUGCAUCAGCCUCUGUCACUUUAGCCUGACGUAAACAACCAGAAGCACAACAUAUAAAGGCAAAACAACUUCAUACCAAAUCAAGUCUUCAGUAUUUGCAUUUUGAUUUAUAGACAUAUGGAAGUCAAGGGAUUUUUCCUUUUGAUCAAAGGUUAACAAUGUGCUAUUAUUUCCUUUGUACCAUAGGACCAGAAAUGUCAAGUGUCCUGCGAAUUAAGACCACAGCCACUUUUAAGUCUGGCACAGGAAAGUGCAACUUGAAACGUAGUCAAGAGAGACUGAAGGAGAGCCUGAACGCAGCUCACUCAGGUACAGAGGUUUCUAACACAAGUCCAACAGCUCCUCAUUCGUUAAAACAAUGCAGAUUAACCAGGCACUGCCUACAUUUAAUGCAACAAACUUGAUAACAGGAACCAGACCUCGAGGCUGCUUAGAUUAAAGUAAACUGAGAAUGAGCCAAAUAUGAAAGAAAUACGUGGGGGUAAGUAGUGCGGUCUGAAAUGUUUUGAAUGUCUCAGCACUGCACAUUGUCUGGCAGUGACAGGGGAAAAUUUAAUUAGCCAUAGCAUGCCUUUCAGUUGGGCCCUACCCAGCCAUCAAUCAAACUGACUUCCGAUUGUUGGAUUAUUUUGUUUCUCCAAUGGGUUCCGGCAUUGUGCCAUCUCAAAGGACACAAUUGGUUCAAAUAAAACUUUUCCCAGUCUCCUCUCUUUAUCCCCUUGUCCAAAGGCAACAAAAAGAGCAGGGGGAAAAGAGUGCAUGUUCAACCGGAUACACAGAGAAGUCACUGCUUUUUAAAGAAUGAUUAGAAACAUCAGUACUUGAACACACAAAGGAUAUGAUCUCCUUCAAUUGAAGUGUUAUGACAUUGCAGUUAAGUUUUAAUCCUCACUCUACCUGCUACAGGUGGACAGUUAUAGACCAAUAUAGUUAUUCAGUAACAUGUGUGCUGUGUGUGUGUGUCUGUGUGCAUACAUGUGUGUGUUUGUCUCUGUGCAUGCAUGUGUGUGUGCGUGUCCAUGUCCUGUGUGGCUGGCCGUGUCCACAGACAGCAGGUCCCCCUUCACGGAGAACGUCCAGUUCAGCUAUGUGCGCUUGCGCUGCAGCUCGUCUGGCCACCGGAUGCGGAGCCGCCACGGCAGGAAGGCGGGUUACGAGGAGGAGGUCUCCUCCAUCACGGCUGAGUUUGAGUUGGAUGUGAACCUAGAGGAGGUAACAGGUUGGUCUCUCUGCCCUGCCCUGCUGUAACCCCAGUCCUCUGGCUGACACUCUGCUUUCUGUUUCUCUCUCUGCUCUUGCUUUUCGUCACUAAACAAGCCAAACAUGUUAAAGUAUCUCCUGUUUUGACGUGGCGUUUUGAGGUGGUGGGAUCUUUGGGGAAGGUGUAGGUUUUGGAGGUUUCCUUUGUAUACUGAGGGAGCAAGUGGUUGAUCAAUUUGCCUGGUGUCUGUGUGUUGGAAUUGAUAUUUUAGUACCGGUAUGUGUGUGUGGUUUUGUUUGCGUGUGUAUUGUGGUCUCAUUGCGUUGCGAGGACCGUUUUGGUAUCUGGUGUUUCUCUCAGCAGAGAACUGUGACCUAGGCUGUGUGCGUCGACGCUCAGAGAAGAGGCUGAGGAAGACCAUCCGUACCCUGAGGAAGUCCAUCCACCGGGAGCAGUUCCACCUACACUUCGCUGGCUCUAACUACGAGCUGGCCAAGAGGCUGGCCCGGCCGGUGGACCUGCCGGAACACUGUGGGAAAGGACAGGUGCUGGUGGACAGGAAGUGUGGUGAGUGAGCAUCUUGAGUGUUCUGAGUAUCAUAAGAUAUAGGUAUAAGUGUAUCUAUAAGAUGAGUAUCAUGUUGAACAUCUACCUGUAUCUGUUUCUGCCUGUAUCUGAGCCACCACUGGGGCCUAGCACAGGCCAGAGCCUAGCCCUGGCUCCCACACAGAGUAGCUCAAAGUCAUGUCUUAAGAGUCAUUGAAAUUGGCCAUGCCAGCGAGAUAUAUUUAGACAAGUUGGUUUAAUGAUUGGAUUUGGAGCAGGUGUUGGCCAGAUGACUGCCAUAUUUGGGUGCAGAUAUGCUGUAAUGAGCUGGUAUGGGGAGCGCUUGCUCGGCUCGCACGGAGAACAGAGAGGCUGUUGUUGGCUUGCUCGCAGGGUGAGGAGAUCUUCCAGCAUCUCCCUGGGAUAAAGUGCAACAGAAGGUGUGAUGGCUGCCGCUAGCUUUUGCUGUUGUUGCCGCUGGUCCUAUUUAGUUUUACAGCCAUAAUGGAGGAAAAGUCCAUUAGCUUUAAUGGCACCCUGUCAACAUCAGCGGUGGAAAGGAGGCUGGCAUGUGUUUUCUCUGGCAGAGGGGAGGGGAGCAGAGAGCUGCGUGCCCCCAGUUCAGGGCCUCACAGUAAGCAUAGUAAGCCCACUGCCUGCUGCUGCGCUCUGCUUGUCUGUCUCAAUGUGGUCAGUAGAAGGGGGUCAGUUUUCUGUCCACCGUUAACUCUGUAAUGAUUGGUAUUCUACCUCUAGAGCCCCUGUCUUAACCUGAUCCAAGCCAUCUAUUUAAGAGGUCUGAAGACUAUUGUAGACAACCUCUCAAAGCUGUUCUAGCCUGCCUCUGUCUUGAUCCAGAGCUCUCCUCUCUUACUCCCCACCCUUAUUGAGGUUGAGUGGGUGAGGAUGGAGGGGGUUUUGUGGGGGAAGGAUGGAGGGGGUUGAGUGGGGGAAGGAUGGAGGGGGUUGAGUGGGGGAAGGAUGGUGUUUGAUCCAUUCUGGUUCUUAGAGCUUUUUAAGAAUAAAGACUGCCCAUAGCUGGUUAAAUGUAUUGAUUUUCAUACAAGAGGGAAAAAUCAUGAAACUUAAUCAUUUUUGGCGGAAAUAGUCUAAUUGUUUUACAAACCAAGCAUCUCUUAAUCUAAUUUAAAAUAAAUGUAAUCCUUAAUCCAAGGUAUCCCCAGCAAAGCGGACUCUCGCUGGUGUCUGUUUCUUUCUGCCUCCAAAUAACAGUAGACUAACAUGUUGUGCUGGAUUCAAAUGACCCUUAGCUGUUGUUUUUGCUUUGUAGCUUGUUGUUUUUGUGUUUUAUAUGAGCUACUUACCUCAUAAGUAAGUCGUAAGUCUUAAAACUAAAAGAACCCAAAAGAGUAAAGUUGCCAAUGUGUAGGCAGUGGUGUAGACAUGUAAUUUGGAAGGGGGGCUGAAUGGAAGCCGUAACCCCCUGCUCUAUAAAGGAGCUAUAUUUUUCCCUCCACCCCUGGCUUAGCUCACUGAGUGCAGUUUAAACCUUUCAGUUUGCCCACUCCAUUGUAAAUACCAUUGGGGCUCGUUGUCACUGCUUCAGUGGGAAGAGAAAUCCUCCACAACAACAUGGCCUCAGCCUCACUAGUACUGAGAGAAAAGCAAUGCCUUCUUAUUCCUCACUCUUCAAAUAUCUAGCACUCUUUCUCUCAAACCAAAUUGCGAACGUUAUGAAUUCAUGAUAUAGUACACGGCAGUAUUCCAAUAAACCAACCGGUGAAAUAUCCCAUAUGUGUGAUCAGAGUUUUUUUCAUUCUAAAUAAUUCAUGAUUGAUCAACAACAACAUUUGCAUUUCCUUAUGCCUCAACCCAGUAUAAGAAUCAGCUGUAUGUUGGAUUUUAGUUUCAGACCACUUAAUGAGGCAGAAUUACUGUAUUACUAUGAAAAACAACAAUAGCCAACAGCAAAACGUGCCAGUAUGUAGUAUCUGAAACCCUGUGUACAAAUAUUCUCCUGAUCUCUUUUACGUACAAUUGUGCAUGUUCGUUUUAAGAUGGGAGAUGAUUAGGAAGUGCUGUUGAUUCAAGCUGUGAGUUUGAGUGCUAUAUCCCCCCUCAGUCAGGGCCACUCUGCAUGACCCCAGCCACUAAACUGCUGCGGAGAAUUGACUUCAGCGACACCAUGGGAAUUAAUUAGCAUCAGCUGUUUGGGCCUCUGCUUGAUAGGCGCAAGAAGUGACUGGGGUAGGCAGAAUGGGGGGAUUCAGAACCCUGACCCCUUUUAUUGGGUUCAGCUCCUUACCAUUGUGACACCAUAGUGUUUGCCUAUGUCAUCAAAUACUUGAAUAGAGGUGAAAGGUCUUUUAAACCUCUUUGGGGCCAUCAAUUCGAGGACUCUAUAGAAUUGCCUCUGCAUUUGAAAGGCUUCAAGGUUUUUUCCCUCUCUCUCUCUUCUCUUCUCUCGCUCUCUCCAUCAUAUAAAAGCUGGUGGAGACAAUGCGACAGUGGCUCCUCAUGGUCAUUCAGGAUAGACAAAAGGCAGAAAAAAUGAACUGCUCUUGAGAGAAUUACAUUUUCUUUCUUUUAAGGAAAAUCAAGUUGCUGAGGCACAUAUAAUGGAUGUGCGUUAAAGCCUUUGUGUGUUCCUCAUUAACUCAUUAUGGCUGGUUCUCUCCUGAAAAGCUCUUCUUACUUAGAUUUUCCUGAGGGAUAUUUUUUAAUGAAAAUGCAAAAUGAUUUCACUUCACUGCUCUCUGUUCGGAGAGAUGAUUAGAUAUCAUUUCCCCCUUUAAGAAGUUCUUGACAUCACCAGACACACACAAUAAUUCAAACAUGAAUUAGAGACGUUGUUCUACAAAGUAAAACAUGAAAAAGGGGGGAAAUUAAAGCUGAUGGUGUGCAUCCCUAUAAUCAGGCUUUGCACGCUCUUGUGAGAUAAGAGACAAACACUCCUUUUGACUGGCUCUGUGUGUGCUUUGGUAGAGGUGAGGGUGCUUAGGAUGGUAUGUAGAGUUCUUUCCCCAAUGCACACCGGUGUUAUGUGAAGUGUAAGAACUUAAUAAUAAUAUGCCAUUGAGCAGACGCUUUUAUCCAAAGCGACUUACAGUCAUGCGUGCAUAAUUAUUAUUUUUUGUGUAUGGGUGGUCCCGGGGAUCGAACCCACUACCCUGGCGUUACAAGCACCGUGCUCUACCAGCUGAGCUACAGAGGACCGUACCAAACUUGUUUGAUGUGGGACACAAAUGCAUCUGGGGAGCAGCUCAGUGCUCUUAUGUCUGAAUUUUUGCAUAGCUCCAUCAGGUCGAUUUGCAAUGCCUUUUUAACAGCUUAACACUGGGCCUCUUGUGGUAGGCUUGAAUGCCAGUGUGUGUGUGUGUGUGUGUGUGUGUGUGUGUGUGUGUGUGUGUGUGUGUGUGUGUGUGUGUGUGUGUGUGUGUGUGUGUGUGUGUGUGUGUGUGUGUGUGUGUGUGUGUGUAACAUCCCUCUUAUCUAGCCCCUUCUGCCUCAUUCCUCUACCUUUUUGCUAGUGAGCUGCACUGUUGGAACGUACUAUGACAGGGAUCAGGGAAGGUGUGUUCUGUGUCCAGCUGGAAUGUACCAAGAUGAAGAGGGGCAGACGUCUUGCGAGGUCUGCCCAGGGCCAGAGGUGAGAGGAAGCCCCAGGUCGGUUGGGGCGCGGAAUAUCUCUGAGUGUGGAGGUAAGGCUCAAGAGUUGAGGAUAUGAGUAAGCAUGUAUCUCCUAACUGUGUACAAGACAGGAGACGUGAGUCACCUUGGAUACUUACUUACUCAACCAUCAUAAUCAUAAAGAUAACUGCGGCAAAAUACACUGAACUCCAUCAAAGACCCUGGAAUAGCUUUCCCUCAUGGUUUGAUCUUUUUAAAAAAGUGAUCUUUAAACUAGUCUCCCAGUCAGAAUCACAUCCUGUUAUGAGUAUAUAUGAAAUACACAGGAAGGAGCGAUACCCUGAUAAAAAAUCUCCCCGCAGGCAGAUGUUGUGCUUUGUAUAAAGCCGUGUAAGCCUCAGAACGUUCAAGCCCUGUUUGAAUUAAACAGCCACACCCGGCCCCUGCCCACUCCUGAAUAAAGAGAAGAAGGAUCCACCAUGUUUUCACCUCCCCAAACACUGUUAUCACAGCCAGUUUGUGGCUAAGCCACAGAUCCCAUCUCCUGCUUUCCCCACCAAUAGACUAAACAAAAAAGAGCUAUGGGGAGAGACAGUUUGUUAAAGUCAGUCAGGAGAUAUGAGAGAGGUUGUUCCCUGGUAGAUAAUGGCCUUGCAUUACAUCACUCCACUGACAUCUGCUCUCCUGGCCUUUGUCUUAUUGUGGUAGAGUGCUCUUUCUUUAAGUCGCUCUGGAUAAGAACGUCUGUCUGCUAAAUGACCACAUGUACGAUGGGAAUGUUGCUUUGAGCAGACUGAGUGGUACAAGUAUCCCUCUGACCAGUCCAGUGUUGUUGUGUUCCCAGGUCAAUGUCCCCCUGGUCAGUUCUCCCAUGAUGGCUUCAUCCCUUGCCUGCCCUGUCCCCUGGGUACCUACCAGCCAGAGGUGGGGCGCACUUCCUGUUUCCACUGUGGAGGAAACCUGGUCACCAAACACAAUGGUGCCGUGUCCUUCCAGGAGUGUGAGACCAAAGGUGAGCGGUCAGCUUAUCCAUCCCAUUUAGUUAUGCAUGUAAAGUCUGGGUGUACGUCCCAAAUGACACCCUAUUCCCUACAUAGUUCAUUACUUUUGACCAGAACCCUAUGGAUCCUGGUCAAAAGUAGUGUCUUUAAGGGAAUUCCCCUGCAGUUUCUGUUUUAUGGAAAUAUACUACAUUGGUUUAUGUUGGUGUAUGUUGGUGUUUGAGAGGUGCUAAACCGUGGUACCACUCCAUUCUGCUCGUGUAGUCCAGUGUUCACCGGGACAUUACUACAACACCAGCACACACCGCUGUAUCCGUUGUCCCAUGGGGACGUAUCAGGUGGAGUUUGGUCAGAAUUACUGCAUCUCCUGCCCAGGGAAUACCACCACCGACUUUGACGGCUCCACCAACAUCAUGCAGUGCAAAAGUAUGUAUGUUCAGACAAGAGAAGUAUGUGUGUGUGUGUACAUUUUUGCGUGCAUGUGUAUGUAUUUGUGUGUUCAUGGCUUCACAUUUUAAAUGUAUUUAAUGGCUAAAACUAAAACUACAUGCAGGUUUCUCUACUACUGUACUGUGCUCAAAUCAAUAUUGUUCCUGUCCUGCUUUGGGAUGCUACUGUAGAUAAUUAGCGUCGCAGCACCAAGGCAGCGUAAAAUAUUUGACACUAUCCUGUCACCUCACAGACAGACACUGUGGGGGAGAGCUGGGAGAUUUCACUGGCUACAUAGAGUCCCCCAACUACCCAGGGAACUACCCAGCCAACAUCGAGUGCACCUGGACCAUCAACCCACCACCCAAGCGCAGAAUCCUCAUUGUGGUCCCAGAGAUUUUCCUCCCCAUCGAGGAUGAGUGUGGAGACUACCUGGUCAUGAGGAAGAGCUGUGAGUGUUUGUGUUUUUGUUUAUGUGCGUGCGUGCGUGCAUGCGUCUGUCUGUCUGUCGGUCUGUGUGUGUUUGUGUGUGUGUGUGUGUCGUGUUGGAGGUUAGGGCUUGUUAGGUGACUGGGUGUUAUCAGGGUGCUACAGUAUUAAUGUGAUUUCACUGCAGGUGACCAGAUGUUGGUGAUGAAUGUCUUUAGAAUUAUAAGAGGGUGGCAGUGUUGGUAGGAGGUUCAGCAUAAUAGGAUAGCACCUCUCAGAGAUCAUGGGGUACUAUGGGCUUCUAAUAGACCAUUAGAUCAUGCCACAUUCAGAGUAAUGAAUGGUGCUAGUGUUUGAUUUGUCAUAAUGUGCCCAUUUCCUCAAUUCACAGCUCUCUCCAACUCUGUGACGACCUAUGAGACCUGCCAGACCUAUGAGCGGCCUAUUGCCUUCACCUCCCGCUCCAAGAGGCUGUGGAUACAGUUCAAAUCGAAUGAAGGGAACAGUGGGAAGGGCUUCCAAGUCCCUUAUGUGACCUACGAUGGUAAGAGACAUCCUUAUUGGUGGAAAUAUUGACAUGUUGCUUUAAAUUACACAUGCUUAAAUACAACAAUGGAUCAAGUGUCUGUGAAAUGUAAUUUUAUUUGGAAUUUUAAGUCUGGAUAGGUCUACGUAAUGCCACAAAUGUAUCACCUACUUCCAAUUGCACAAAUAAUAUAGAAAUAUACUCUUGGGUAUGUUUAUAUAUGAUAUAUGUUUCAGAGGACUACCAGGAACUCAUCGAAGAUAUAGUCAGAGAUGGAAGAUUAUAUGCCUCUGAAAAUCACCAAGAAAUUCUCAAGGUAAAGAUUUCAUGUAUUUCCUGUGGGAAAAAGCUUUUGUCUGCCAUAUACUACCCUCUUCUGGACACAAUAAGAAAUUCAGGAUGCAAACUUCACUUGAGCGCCAUCGUAAAAAUGUCAGAUGACUGUUGGCUCGGUCUCAGAUUGAAUUCUAAUCUGUACUAAUUUUUGGUUUACAUUCUUCUCAGGACAAGAAGCUUAUGAAGGCACUGUUUGAUGUAUUGGCCCACCCACAGAACUUCUUCAACUACACAGCACAGGAGUCAAGAGAAAUGUUCCCCAAAUCCUUCAUCCGAUUUCUACGUUCUAAGGUUUUAAGAUUCCUUCGCCCUUAAGAAGGCACUAUCAUCAAGUUACUUUGUGGAUAUCUCAGAAAAUGCAUAUACCAGUUACUCCCUGCAGCUGUUACGUAAUUCACUGACAAAUAGAAAAGUGUCCUUUAGUUAUCCUGUCUGUACAGAGACUGACUGAGGCUAGAGUUGACUAAGAGAGAUGGACUCGGACACUUUCCUCAAAUGGACUUCAAUUGGACGUUCUGGGAAUGGGUGGGUACUGGACUGUCAUGGCGCAGACAAGUGGCAGCUCCUGCAAUCACAUCUGGUCUACAUUCUAGAGCUAAAUGUUUUGUACUUCGAUACCACAUCUAUCUCUGAUACUUCCAUACACUCCUGUGUGAGCACUGUAACGUUUAGACAGACUGUCACUUCCUUUUCAACUUUCAGUCUCAGGAAUAAAGCUUGAAGUGGUAAGCUGAUUUGAUUCAAUUAAUGAAUGCUUCGAUUUGCAUACUGGUGUAACAACAACAUCUUGAAAAUAAUUAUGGUAAACGGAACUUUCACCAAUAGCGUAGAAAGCGGAUGAGACAAGACUCUUGAUCAGUCUCAGGAAUAAAGCUUGAAGUGGUAAGCUGAUUUGAUUAAAUUAAUGAAUGCUUCGAUUUGCAUACUGGUGUAACAACAACAUCUUGAAAAUAAUUAUGGUAAGAGUAGAAAGCGGAUGAGACAAGAUUCUUGAUCAUGUAUAAAAAUUUAACUGAGGUUUAUGCUAAAUGUCAACCACAUAGAUAGUGUAUAUUUAUAACAUUAAAUUCAUGUUUCACAUUUAGAUCAGAAUUGUUGACAGAAAUAUGCCUGAAUAUGAAUAAAGAAUAUAGCACAAAUGUGACCUUAUGGUGGGAACUUUAAAGCACUACAAGGAAUGUAGUGAUACCACAAAAGCAAUUAUCCUUAUGAAUGUUUUGUAUAUUGUGUAAAAAGUAUUAGAUGAAAAUGUUAACGUAUUGUAGUUAACUGCAUUCCUGACACUUGCGCAGUAUCGACACAUCCCCUCACAACCUGUAUUUUUGCUGCCUCAAAUUAAUGUUAUCGUUUUCCGCUGUCCUGAAAACAUGGUUUUACUUUAAGAAUUGCUAGACAGUGAAUACACCAUGCUACUGUGUUUUGAGUGAACAACAAAUGCCCAUGAAUCAAGACUAGCUCUUCACUAUGAUCAUUCAAACAGCUACCAAAGACUACUUUUCACUACUCAUAGAAGUGAGAUUAUUGAGUGGUGUGACUAGAAAUGUAGAGCAAUAUGAGGUGGAGCAAGUGAGAUUAUACAUUCCAGAUAUGGAAUGAGAGGUUUGUAUUCACUUAUGACUUAGCAAAGAAAUGUAUGUCUAUAUUUUUAUGUUUGUACAUAUAACAUGUUGUAAAUAAAGCAA